AUGAGCUCGUAUACAUCCUCAUCCUCGGGCUAUCGCCGCCGGCCUGUGGUCGGUUAUGAUCCAGAAGAACGUGCGUUGGAUCGCAUUACUCGUGAUGUAAGUGAUUUGAUGUUUUUUGUUGGUUUUUAGAGGAUUCAUCGGAUUCUGGAUGUUGUACAUGUUGCCAAGAGCGAUUUGUUUUGAAAAUCUUCGAUGGGAACGAUAGUUUUUGUAUUAUCGGCCUUACAACGGAUGACUAGCGCUGUUUUCAUACUCAUAUUCACUUAGUCUUUUGAUUCUGCUGGUUAAAUUGAGUUUUCUGAUUAAAUUUUCCGUAGAAAUCCUUAGGGACUUAGUCGUCAAAGUAAAACACUAAAAUCACUCUGAAAAUGAAAGUUUCUGGUACUUGAGUUAAUCUAAUUUCAGGCCGAAGAUCGGAUGAGCAAAAAGCGCGAGGCUCGAGAUGAAGCACGGCAAUAUCGUCUAGAACAACUUGAGAAGCAGAUCCGAGCCACAGAUGAGGCCAAUUAUCUUGCAGUGGUAAGUUUUGUCCGUCCAAAAUUGUCCGCUUUGAUGUCAAAAGGUCGCAAAUGUAAUGUCCAUUUACGUUCACAGCCUACUUUCUCUUGUCUACGUCUUUUUUUUCGUUUUCUCGUUAACUUUCGGCGAAAAACUAAUAGAUUUGCGGUAUUUUAAUUAUUCUUGCGAGAUUUUUGUAGAAUGGAAACGCGAAGGCGACCAAGACGAGGUCUCAAUUAAUCAAGGAGAAGGAUGAAUGCGAAAAGGAAGUGCUUAAAGUGAGUUUUAUGCGUCGAUUUGGGCUUGUUGCUGUUUUAUGUGUUUAGGGACCGAGAAUAAGAUAAAUUUAUGUUGUUUUGGCGAGUUUGAGGGAAUAUUAUGUGGGGAGUGGUUGUUUAUUGCUCCAAAUGAGGCUUAGAGGUAUUUGAGCGGGAUAUUUUUGUUGAUUUUAGAGGAAAAUUUCGGCUUUGGAUCAAGUGUAAUAUAAAUUUUUCUUAGAUUUAUGAGUUUUUGGUCUUUUUUGGUCAGAAAAGUCAAAAAAAUUAUGGUUUAUAAAAAAAGUUUAUAAAAAGGGACUAAAAUGGCAUUUAAUUGGGCUGAGACACACUUUCUAACAAUAAUUCUGAUUUUUUUAUUCUAGGAUAAGGUCAGUGAGCUGGAAAACAAAUUCGAACGAGCCAUGAUUCUGUAUUCUCAAGUAGACAAUGAGAAAUCCACACUAUUAUACGAGAUUGACCUCCUAAAAGACGAUCUAGAGGAGAAAGAUGAGCUCGUUUUUCAAGCAAAACGAGAGGCCAAAAACUUGGGAACGGAGGUGAAAUUGCUCCAGAAGACGAUAGAAGGCCUACAACUAACCCAGCAACAACUCAAAACCGAGAUUGAAAAGCGAGACGAACUGAUCAGAGAAAACGGGUUGUGUUUGGUGGAUCAGCUGGAAGAAGAGGAUCUGGUGAGCUGCAGCACGGCUUCAACAGAAUUCCAACCGUAAGUGGGGGUGCUGGCUGAGAGGAUAGUCAAGUUUCUUUAUGAGGAAAGUGGACAUAAGAUCAAAAUUUGGUGUUAUAAAGGGGAUAGGGACGUUUAGUCCUCCUAUUUUAUCGCAAAAUUUCAAUUUGAAUGGUUGGCGAAGAUUUUCACAAUUUAAUUUUAUUGUAAACUGUUUCGUUUUGGAUUUCAUUACUCGUUUAGUUGAGAUACAACAACAGUGGGGGACCUGAUCCAGUGGCAAAAAAUGUACAAUUUUGCAUCCGGGAAGGAUCAAAAAUGUGGCAAAAUGCUUCCCUCUCCAAGUGAAAAAAACUCCGAUUUCAAAAGCUCUUUUUGUGAGGGAAAUGGCGCGCCCUUCAAAACGAAGUUUUUUUACUUGUAGAGGGAGGCAUUUUGCCACAUUUUUGUUCCUUCCCGGAUGCAAAAUGGUACAUUUUUUGCCACUGGAUCAGGUCCCCCACUGUAAUUAAUGCAGCUUUUUGAAUUUUGUUAGACAAACUUUGGCUUAAUGUAUUAGGGUGAACCAAAUGUUUUUGCCGUUUUUUCAUGAAAACUUUAAACAUAAUUUUACAACAAAUGAAAACCAGUUAAGUUUCAAAGUAAAGGCCAUUUGAAUCUAUGGCUUGAACCCAUCUAUAGGCAAGUUGUUCGAUCCCGCUGCGGUACCACUCCUUUUUCUUAGAAGCGAAAAACUCGCGGCAUCCGUCUUCGACAUCGUCCAGAUCAUUGAAGCUACGACCACGCAAAAAGUGUGCCAUGGAGCGGAAAAGGUGAUAGUCGUAUGCCACAAUGUCCAGACUAUUUGCUGGAUGUGAAAGAAGUUCAAUGGCGUCGAGAGUUUUGAUCUUUUCCUUCGUUUGUUUGGCGGUGCGAGGUUUUGCGCUGUCUUGUUGCAGGGGUACGCGGGUUCGAUUGAUCAAAUCGGGAUAUUUUUUGCCAAUCGCUGCAUACAUUCGAUCGAGUGGAGCGUAGUAGAGGUCUGCGUCGCUAGUCCGACCAUUCGGAACCAACUCGAAGUGAAUUACGCCUUCAAAAUUGUUUUUUAAGACGUCUUGCCCUCGAGGUCCGUGUUGCCGUCGUUGAAUCGUUUGAACCAAUCGCGCAGUACGAUCUGAGACCACAUUGUAGCCUUCAACUUCGCUUAUCUUCUUUACUGCUGCAGUUGCGUUGAAGCCUUGUUUUCGGUAAUAACGUAAAAAAACACGAAUUUCGGAUUUUUCCAUGUUUUUUCUACAGGUUAAAAGAUUUUAAAUAAAAGACCAAUUAAAAAUUUUAAUAUAUAUUAUGAUAAAGCAGCUCAAGACCUUUAAAAAUAUAUAUAAUACGUUCAUCUAAAAGUCUUUAUUUUGUACAAAAACAAUUGGACAAAAAGACACCUAAAAAACGGCAAAAACUUUUGGUUCACCCUAAUAUAAGUAAUGUUGAGUUCUCAAAACAAAUAUUUUUAACAUUUUUGCUGUCCAAAUUACUUUGUAAUAGUUGAAAAGAAAAUUUUGUGAAGCGUUAAGAGCGAUAUCCUUUCUCCCUUGAAAUUUUCAGAUAUUAUUCAUGACAAAUUUAAUGAUUUUUGAUAUUAAACUUUACAUACUCGAGCUGAAAAUUUUCCAAACGCAGUAAAAUUUUUGCGGUUUUUUUUAUGAAUCUAAUUCUCUGAGGCCUUAAAAAUUACAAUUUACAAAUUAAAAAUAUAUUUUCAGCCGACCGAACUCCAUGUUACUAUCCCUAAAUACGAUAUCACAAAUAGAAAAGGCCAUCCCUGGGCAACAAAAUCUGGAUGAGAAGCUCAAGAAGAUGGUUGAUAUGGUAAGUGAACACAAUUUUUAUUUCUUUUGCGAAGCCUUUUUACAAUUGCUAUAUUGUUUUAGGUAUAAAAUUUCAUUUUUUAUGGUUAAUUGUCAUUUUGACCCUUUUUCAGAACAAAAAGCUACGUCAACAAGUUGAAGAGACCGAACAGAUCCUCUAUGCCCGAAGAACCCGUCAAUCCGACCAUCAAAAUAAUAUUGUAAAUGGCGCUUCGAUGGUGGAGAUGGAGCGGGAAGCAGCAAAAACUUCCGAACUUCGGUUGCGAAUUCAAGAAAUGGAAAGAGAGCAGGCAACACGGCAGGGAAAUGUAAGAUUUUGAGGGAUUUUUAACAGAUUUUGUCAUGAUUUUAAUUAUUCUUGAGAGCAAAAAUUUUGUUUUAGUAUUCACGAGUGGAGAGCCAAAUGAAUCGGUACAAAUCACAGGCAGAACAGUCGGAAAAAGAGUGUACCGAACUCAAAUCGCAGAAUCGACAACUCAAAAAAGAGGUAGGUGAAUAAAAAAAAUAAAAAAAAAAUUUACUGGCGCUGUGUUUUUCACAGUACUAAAAAUGUUAUAUCGGAUUGUAAAUUUUAAAAAAAUUGAAGACCAAGAAAUUUUUUCCAGUUGCGCGAGAAAGAGAACUCUUUGGAGGAGGCGAAAGAAACCAACGCCCAUCUCCAGGCUCGGUUGGAAAAACUCAGAACAAUGCGAAGGGUAUAG